UCUCUCUCUCUCUCUCAAUUAAUCUGCAAACCAACUUCUCCUCUCUCCUCUCUCUCUCUCUCUCUCUCGCCCCAAAGACCCUUCAUCAAUGGACGUCCAUUCAAAUAACACACACGACUCGGACAAUUCCUCACCAAGAUCCAGAGACACUGACCACCAGGACCUCCCAAGCUACAAGGUCAAGGUCCUCUGUAGCCAUGGCGGAAGAAUCCAGCCGAGACCCUAUGAUAACCUGCUCUCUUAUUAUGGCGGAGAAACCAAGAUCGUCUCGUUUGACAGAAACGUAUCCUUCUCUGCCAUGAAAGCAAAGCUUCUUUCUCUCUGUAACCUCCCAGACAUCAUCUACAAAUACCAGUUGCCAGGUGAGGAUCUCGACGCCUUGAUCUCCAUAACCGACGAAGAAGAUCUCGAGCAUUUAAUGUCUGAAUACGAUCGGUUACAGAGAAGCUAUGGCAAAAAACCGGUGAGAUUAAGGCUGUUUUUGUUCCCAAAUUAUCAGAGCCCAAUUUCUGUUUGUACAGUGAAAAAUCCUGAUUUUCUUUUUGGUCUCGAUGAUAAUGCCCAAACUGCCCCUGAGAAGCCAGGGGAUAUGUCUAAAGAUCAGGAGAAUAAAGAUUUUAUUGAGGGUAAAUCCGGGGAAUUGGCCCUUGAGCUUCAAACCCUUCAAGUUACAGAGAGAGAAGAGGGUGAACCGGUUUCGAAAAACCGGCAUUCUGAUGCAAAACCGGUUGUGAGCGGGUACGGUUUUCCUCCACCACCCGUUCAUACUGGUUUUCCACCGGUUCAUACUGGUUUUCCGGUUCAGAGAGGCUUUGCUUCAGGCUAUUAUCCGGUUUAUAUGGGGGAGAAUGGUUAUAGUUAUUCAGUUGGUGGUUUUGGUGAACCGAUUUUGAGGCCUGUUCAGCCGGUUCCCGAAGUGGGUUUCAAGCCGGUUUUGUAUGUGGGGCCAACAGUUGGAGAGCCCUUAGGUCAGAUUCCAGAGGCCACGGUGGAAUUUCAGAGGAGUCCGACACCGGAGAUGAAGGCCGAAAAACCGCCUCUUCCAGUUUGAGAUAUAUAUUUAAUUUAUAUUUUUGUUUUUUUCAGCUUUUCUUUUUUUUGUUUUUUUGAGAAUUUAUAUUCCAAAAUGAAACGCACUUUUCUUGGAAGGAAAUGCCCCAAAGUGCCUGGUAUUUCCACAUUUCAAUAUGGUGGCAAAUUGUAUGAAGUAUUUCUAAUGUAAUGUUCAUUUUAUGAGGAGAUGGCGCCCAAGUUUGUAACUUGCAAGCAUGGCUUGUUAUUUAACCCUUUGUGAAGAGCAGUGUGACUCAAUAUUAAUAGUAGUAUUAUUUUAUAAUAGUACAAUAAUAAGUAGAGUUUAUUUUAUAAUAGUACAAUAAUAAUUAGAAUAAUAAUACUACGAGACCCUCUCACACCCAUGUGAGUAAGACUCCAAAUGAUCACCAUUAAAUUUUAAAACAAAUCUCUAAAAAAGUUAUCAAUAA